CACUUGGGCACUGGCGCGCGCUCGGGGCCAGCAGCCGGGAGCCGGCCAGCUGGGGCCAUGGGCUGCGACGGCCGCGUGUCGGGGCUGCUCCGCCGCAACCUGCAGCCCACGCUCACCUACUGGAGCGUCUUCUUCAGCUUCGGCCUGUGCAUCGCCUUCCUGGGGCCCACGCUGCUGGACCUGCGCUGCCAGACGCACAGCUCGCUGCCCCAGAUCUCCUGGGUCUUCUUCUCGCAGCAGCUCUGCCUCCUGCUGGGCAGCGCCCUCGGGGGCGUCUUCAAGAGGACACUGGCCCAGUCGUUAUGGGCCCUCUUCACCUCCUCUCUGGCCAUCUCCCUGGUGUUUGCCGUCAUCCCCUUCUGCCGUGACGUGAAGGUGCUGGCCUCUGUCAUGGCACUGGCGGGCCUGGCCAUGGGCUGCAUCGACACCGUGGCCAACAUGCAGCUGGUGAGGAUCUACCAGAAGGACUCGGCCAUCUUCCUCCAGGUUCUCCAUUUUUUUGUGGGCUUCGGUGCUCUGCUGAGCCCCCUUAUAGCCGACCCCUUCCUGUCUGAUGCCAACUGCUUGCCUGCCAAUAACACAGCCAACGCCACCUCCGGCAGCCACCUGUUCCACGCCGCCAGGGUCCUGGGCCAGCACCGCACUGAGGCGCGGCCUUGGUCCAACCAGACGCUCCCUGGGCCACCCCUGCAGGAUGGGGCAGGGACCCACGUGGGCUACGCCUUCUGGAUCAUGGCCCUGAUCAAUCUCCCAGUGCCCCUGGCUGUGCUGUUUCUGCUGUCCAAAGAGCACCUGCUGACCUGCUGCCCUCAGAGGAGGCCCCUGCUCCUGUCUGCAGAUGAGCUUGCACUGGAGACGCAGUCUCCUGAGAAGGAAGACACUUCCUCACUUCCCCCAAAGUUUCAGCAACACCGAGGGCACGAGGACCUGUUCAGCUGCUGCCAGAGGAAGAACUUCAAAGGAGCCCCGUAUUCCUUCUUCGCCAUCCACAUCACAGCCGCCCUGGUCCUGUUCAUGACCGAUGGGAUGACGGGGGCAUAUUCUGCCUUUGUGUACAGCUAUGCGGUGGAGAAACCCCUGUCUGUGGGACACAAGGUGGCCGGUUACCUCCCCAGCCUCUUCUGGGGCUUCAUCACCCUGGGUCGGCUCAUCUCCAUUCCCAUCUCCUCAAGAAUGAAGCCAGCCACCAUGGUUUUCAUCAAUGUGGUGGGUGUGAUGGUGACGUUCCUGGUGCUUCUUGUUUUCUCCUACAACGUCCUCUUCCUGUUCGUGGGGACAGCCAGUCUGGGCCUGUUCCUCAGCAGCUCCUUCCCCAGCAUGCUGGCCUACACUGAGGACAUUCUGCAGUACACAGGCUGUGCGACCACGGUGCUGGUGACGGGGGCAGGAAUUGGCGAGAUGGUCCUCCAGAUGCUGGUUGGUUCGAUCUUCCAGGCUCAGGGCAGCUAUAGUUUCCUGGUCUGUGGCGUGAUCUUUGGUUGCUUGGCUUUUACCUUCUAUAUCUUGCUCCUGUUUUUCCACAGGAUGCACCCUGGACUUGCAUCAGUUCCUACCCAGGACAGACCGCUUGGAAUGGAAAGCUUGGAGUGCUACCAGAGGUAAAACUGGGUGAAGGAGGCAGGCAAAGACUUCCAGCCUCUUGAGCACGGCACAGACCAAAGUGUUUAAGAAAGCUGCAGGUGGAGGUGGAGGCAAUCUCUCCACGCCUUGGUUCGGAUCUUCUCCACUAACACUUGGUUGAGUAGAAGAAAUUAAACUGAGUUCUGGUACCUGGGUCCUCCCUGGGCAAAUCAUAAGCAGCUUACCUGGCUACUCCAGUUACCUGCCUCUUCCCUGGUUCAGACUGCUGGUCAGAGCCGUCCAGGACACCCAGACGGGAAGGAAGAAGACAGCCACAUGCUGCCUUCAUGGACCACACCCUGGGUUUGAGGAUCACUCUUAGUUGAAAUUUGAAAAAAUAGGUUGACAUUGUAAAGCUCGAUGAUCAUCGCUAUAUGCAGAUAUAUUUUUAAAUUAAUCAAAACAAACCCCAAGUUAUUCUCUGGCAUGCUCAAAGGAUUUGUGUGCUUUUUACUUAGUAAUAGUCCAAAGUCCCUCAAAUUCCUGCUGCUGAUACCAGUAGGUCAUCUGUAAUCUAAAACAUCAAAAGGAAAAGCUGAAUCUUGCUAUCUUUAGGACACUAAUUCAGUGGUAUGUUGGGCUAGCUUAAACCAGCUUAUAAAAGCUGACUGUUAAAUUUUCAUUUUGAGAGCUGGUUGUUAAACGCAGCCAAUAUUAAAAAUUAAAUUAUAGAAAUUUAAAUUACAUUAAAACAAAGGUAAUACUCGAAGCUCAUCACUUCCU